AUGGGAGAAUUGCGUCUCCUCCCCUGCGAUCCAUCUGACGCAGCCGAGAUCCUAGCUGAGCAAUUCGCAGCUUUCAGCUCGCCGAACGAGCCAUGUUUCUUUAUACUGUUUCCCAAGAUUGAGGCGCGGGAGAGGGCUGUGAAGAGGAUGCUGGAUUGGUGGGUUGGGGAUGAGAGUGCGAGGUAUGUGAAGGUUGUUGACGUUGAUACGGUCCUCGAUAUGAUGUCCACACAUCCAGCACACCAGCACCGAGGCGCUGGCUCCAUGCUAGUGAAGUGGGGAACGGACAUCGCAAAUUCCAUGGGUGUGGACAGCUUCAUCGAAGGAACGAUCAUCGCAAGACCUUUAUAUGAGAAGAACGGAUUCGUGGUAUCGCCAAAUAACUGGAUUGUGGUUCCUGUGCAUGACAAGUGGAAGUCGCGACCGGAGAUCAGAUUCUUCUUCUAUGAGCGACCUGCAAGAAGUCCAUUGCCAAAUAUAGGAAGUUGA